AUGAACCACUGGCUUUUGUUAAUAGUUUUUAAACACACUGUGAACUCGAAAUUGCAGAGUGAAAGUGUGAAUGGGGCGAAAGCAGGACAGAAGGAAGCCAAAGAACCGAGUCUUACUACAGAACCGAGUUCCUCGAGAGAGCUCUGUCUUGUGAGUCCUGCAGACGACUUACCGAGAGAAGAUCCUAGCCUUCUUAUAUUGGACAAACAAGUUUCGACCGCUUCAGAUUUACUCGUUGAAGAAGCUAGAAGGCAGACAAACAAGGAGACUGCUUUGGUGAAUCUCCGUAAAAAAAGUGUGCGAGAAAGGAAGCUUGCUCCCACACAGCAAACUCCUUUUAAGGGAAACAGCACUGCCAAACAGAUCAUUCCAAACAAACAGGUUGGCGGAGGCUAUGAUCCUUUUGCACCCAUUGACAAGAUGAAGUCGAAGGAGCUCACUGCAUGGGUGCAAAAAGAUCCUUCUUAUAAACUGCCUCUGAAAAAAAAACCACGUAGAUGUCGAAGUCGAUUCUAUCAGGUCCUCCGAACCCCCUUAGAAUGGCUAACCGACCAUCAAAUGGAUGCUUUUAUUAAUAUACUGAGGCAACGGUACCAAAACCAUCCAGAACAUUUCAGGAGCGACAGAAUGUGCUUUCUUGAUCAUGUCUUUUCUCGGCAGUGGAGGGCCUCCUACCCUGAUUUUAAGAGCGACGCUCCUGAUGCCAACGGUUUAGGAAGAAGACUCCCUGGUGGGGCGUGGAAUUAUCAUGCAGGCUUGAUACCUUUUUUUGCCAUCUAA